AUGGGUUUGUUUUUAUUAUUAUUUAUUUUUAAUUUUUUUUGUAAAUUCCUGACCAUUUGUUCUUGAAUCAUAGCAGCAAACGUGUAGUAACUGUGUGACGUAUCUCUCUUUUUCAUUCCAGCGAUGGAAGAAAGCGGCUCCGACAUCGAGAGGUAACGCAGGUUCCGGGGCCCGCCUGGAGUAAGCCAUAGCCUACGAAACUGCGGCCGAAUUAAAGAAAAUAAAUAGACAAUGGAGAGACCAUCCGCCAUGAUCAGUAAAACAGGCUCUCGGUCGGCGGCCUCUCUACCUCCGGAGCCGGUGGACAUCAUCCGGAGUAUGUCGUGUUACCGGCGUGUGCGUCUGAACGUGGGCGGCUUGCCGCACGAGGUGCUUUGGCGCACGCUGGAGCGCCUGCCGCGCACGCGCCUGGGCAAGCUUCGCGCGUGCACGACGCAUGAGGCGCUCAUGGAUAUUUGUGACGACUAUAACCUGGACGAGAACGAGUACUUCUUUGACCGGCAUCCGGGCGCGUUCACGUCCAUCCUGAACUUCUACCGCACGGGAAAGCUGCACAUGAUGGAGGAGAUGUGCGCGCUGUCGUUCAGCCAGGAGCUUGACUACUGGGGCGUGGACGAGAUCUACCUGGAGUCAUGCUGCCAGGCGCGCUACCACCAGAAAAAGGAGCAGAUGAAUGAGGAGCUGCGGCGCGAGGCUGACACACUGAAGGAGCGCGAGGGCGAGGAGUUGGAUAACGCAUGCUGCUCAGAGAAGCGCAAGAAACUGUGGGACCUGUUGGAGAAGCCCGGCUCUUCUGUAGCAGCCAAGAUAUUGGCCAUCAUCUCCAUAUUGUUCAUUGUGCUGUCUACCAUUGCUCUGUCUCUCAACACCCUUCCAGAACUGCAAGGCAUAGAUGAGUUUGGCCAGAGCACAGACAACCCUCAACUGGCCCAUGUCGAGGCAGUCUGCAUUGCCUGGUUUACCAUGGAAUAUCUCCUUCGCUUUCUUUCUGCACCUAAUAAAUGGAAGUUUUUCAAAGGUCCACUUAAUGUCAUUGACCUGUUGGCUAUCCUUCCAUACUAUGUUACCAUCUUCCUCACAGAGUCCAACAAAAGUGUACUGCAGUUCCAGAAUGUGCGGCGAGUGGUGCAGAUCUUUCGGAUUAUGCGAAUUUUGCGAAUCCUGAAAUUAGCUCGUCACUCUACUGGGCUACAGUCACUGGGCUUCACGUUACGACGCAGUUACAAUGAACUUGGCCUGCUAAUUCUCUUUUUAGCAAUGGGCAUCAUGAUCUUCUCAAGUUUGGUCUUCUUUGCUGAAAAGGAUGAAGAUGACACAAAGUUCAAGAGCAUACCUGCCUCCUUUUGGUGGGCUACUAUUACCAUGACCACUGUGGGAUAUGGGGACAUUUAUCCAAAGACAUUGUUAGGCAAGAUAGUUGGCGGUCUCUGCUGCAUUGCUGGAGUGCUGGUCAUUGCACUCCCUAUCCCUAUCAUUGUAAACAACUUCUCUGAGUUCUAUAAGGAGCAGAAGAGGCAAGAGAAAGCCAUCAAGAGACGUGAGGCUUUAGAACGAGCCAAGCGCAAUGGCAGCAUAGUGUCUAUGAAUGUUAGGGAUGCUUUUUCCCGUGGUACAGAGCUUCUUGAUAUGGUGGUGAUGGAGAAGGGCGAGAAGCUUCAAGACAACCAUCUCUCACCUAGUCGCUGGAAAUGGUCAUCCAAGAGAGCUGCGUCUGACACCAGCUCCAAUCGCUCAUUCAAUCAAGAACAGGGCUCCCCAAACAAGGCGAGGGCCUCUAGCCCUCAGAGGCUGAAUCCACAGAAAUUAGAGGAAGUGUACAACCAGAUGUCCAAGACUCAGUCACAACCCAACCUUAACACCAAAGACAGGUGUUCAUCACGAGCAGGUAGCAGAAGGGAUGAGAUUGAGCUAGGUACCUUGCCAGGUCAUGGAGUUGGUCCAUUUGGAGGUCAUGAAGGAGUGGUGGAUAUGAAAAGUCUGUCCAGCAUUGACAGCUACAUCAGCUGUGCCACAGACUUUCAAGAAAAUGCACGAUUCCCUUACAGUCUCGCAGUGGGCUUGUCUCUCCCAGAAAGUUCUUGUUUUUCACACAGUUCUGGAUUAUCAGGACGGGUCAGUGCUAAUCCAAACCUUCAGACCACCAUUGAACAUGAACCCAUGCUUACUCCACCAUGUUCUGCUGCAAAGCCUCCUGACAUAGAGAGUUCACAUCAUGGUGGAAACCAUCUGAAAACACGUUCUCUUAGAGUGAAUCAUCACAGUUAUGGGGAUUCAUGUCCAGUUGGUGGUCUUUUAUUAGACAACUCUGCUCCUUCAGAUCGCUCCCUGAUCAGCCCAGAAGUAUCUAUCUACACUACAGCUAGCAGCAGGACUCCACCGCAGACACCAGAGGGAGUUGCACUCACACCUACUGUUUUCACAUUUCAUGAUGCCUCUAUCAACAGGUACAUUGAUGCUGAUACAGAUGAUGAAGAACAUCUCAGAGAAAGCAGUCCAUCAGACCGUCUGCUCGGAAGUCUGUGCACCAAGCCUCACCUAAAUAUUGCCUAUCAGAGGGGCACCAACCACCUGGAAGCUGCACAGAGGCUGUUGGGUCAGAACUGUCGAUUCCCAUUGGGAAACAAUCCAAGUGUAAAUCAUGAUAAUAAUUUGGCAUUACAUGCUUUACAUAGAUAUAGAGGGGACAAAGGACGCUCCAACACCUUUGAUGAAAGCCUCUGAGACAUUUGAGGGCAUUUAGUGACUACAGAGAAAUAAAGAGCAUGGAGGUAGGCAAAGGCAAUAGAGAUAGUAAACCUGAAUGCUCAUUGCAGUGUCCACAGAGGUACCACAGCCCAUAUUUCUUCCUGUCUCACCCAAUAUUUUGUAUGUUUGCUGUAUUGGUGUUAGGUAGCCUGCACUGGCAUGCCCCAAGGUAAACGGAAACAAAUGUGACUGUUGUCAGAAUCUGACAUAAUUAAUUUUGUGCAGUCAGGUUGGAAUGGAAAAUUCAACACUAAACAGACAGAACAAGUCUGUAAAGUACAGACAGGGACAGUCGUUCACUGCCGAAGUCAUCUAGCCAUUGUCCAGAGCCCACUUUCAAGAUAAGGCUUUAGAUAAAGUUAAAGUUAUAGCCUGUUUAUGAGUGCAACCCAAUCCCUAUCCUUAUCCCUGGUAAGAAACUAGCCGUACUUAAUUGCAGGUCUGAAUGUCUACAAUGCCUGAGUGUGUGAAUGGGUUUGAGAUGUCCUUAUAGUAAUAUGUGAUGAUUUACAUUUCUGCACACACUCUCAAAGUUGUACACAUACAGUGUAACUGAUUUAUUUUUAUAUAGACAUGAACAUUGUAGAAAUCUAGAAAUUGCACCAUUCUAUUGUGUUGGGCCAGUCAGUUGUGUAACAACCACAAAGGACAUUUACACUGUGGGGAUGCAAGCUUGUUAAGUCAUAGUUAUUUUUUUAUUAUUAUUAUUAUUAUUCAUCAAUGUCUUAUUUUAUUUAGCAUAUCAGAGUUUUUAUAAACAAGACUGGCAAAAAGUAGCAUUUUCAGUCAUUAUCAGUGCUACUAUGCCAAAAUCCUGGGUCAACCUGCUGAAAGAAUUCUGGUCAAAUUAACAUAUUAUCUUUUAUGUUUUCCCAUUGUCUAAUAGAAACCAAUACGUAGUAUGAAACCUACUUCAACGUACACUAUAUGGCAAAAAGUAUGUGGACACCUGACCAUCACACCCAUAUGUGAGCUUUCCACAAACUGUUGCCACAAAGUUUGAAGCAAACAAUUGUCUAAUGCCUUUGUAUGCUGUAGCAUUACGUAUCCCCUUUACUGAAACUAUGGAGGCUAGCUUAAACCUGUUCCAGCAUAACAGUGCCCCUGUGCACAAAACAAGGUCCGUAAAUACAUGUUGAACUUGAGUGGUCUGAACCGAGCCUUGACCUCAAACCCACUGAACACUAUUGGGAUGAUUUUGAAUGCUGACUGCGAACCAGGUCUCCUCGAUUGAUAUCAGUGCCUGACCUUGUGGCUGAAUGGCCACAAAUCUCCACAGACACACUCAAAAAUCUAGCAGAAAAAGCCUGAGAAGAAGAGUGGAGAUUAUUAUAACAGCAAAGAGGGGACUACAUCUGGAAUAGGAUGUUCAAAAAGCGCAUGUAGGUGUGAUGCUCAGGUGUCCACAUACUUAUGGAUUUAUGGCCAUACUAAUGAUUGCAGUGUGUACUGUGACCAUAUGGUGUAUUUGUCGUAACACAUUGCUACAAUCAAAGUAACUAUUACAGAGUGGUCACAUUGCAAACAUAGCAUAAACAUAAAAAUUGAGGUACAUGGAUUCAUAAAAUAUCUCCACCCAAUUCACUAUUUCUGUCACACCUGUGUGCACAAAUAUACAUGGCCAUGCAGAAGGGAUUCUCAGGUAUGUAUAACAUGUUUUAGUAAUAGAAACAAGCAGUUGAUAGGGUAACCACAAGCCACUGUCAGUGUGUAAUCAGACUUUGGAGAUUUGGUAGUUCAUGUAAAACCCAAGCUCUCACAAAAAUUAUGAAGGAAAAGGAAGAACUAUAGGGAUUUGGCAUCUCUGUUACUUUGUUUACACACAUACUACCAUCUCUGUUUCAGCAGUUCAGGCAAUAUGAAUGUGACAAAUUAGAAGAAACACCAACAUACUGUAAAUUGUAUUAGUAAGGUGUUGAAGGUUCACAUUGGCAUAGAUUCUACAAGUGUCUUGAACUGUACUGGAGGGAUGAACACUAAAAAUAUUCCCACAAUUGGUGUUUUGAUGGUGGUGGUGAAGAGAACUAUCUAAGCUAUCAGUCCAAAAUCUCCCAUAGGUGUUCAAUUGAGUUGAGAUAUGAUUUGCAUUAUUUUGAUCUUUUUCAAACCAUUCAGCAACCCCUCAUUUUCUGUUGAUUUAAUUUUGCAGUGACACAAACUAUACCAGCAAAAUGCCCCUACAACAUAUAAGAUCUGCUGGUUUCCCUUAAUUUGUCGCCUACCAGUACUUCAGUUACAUUAUUGUUUGUAUUACAGUUUGUUUGUUUGAUUGUUUCUUUGACUGAUAAUGAAAUCAUUUCUGUUUAAUGUUUCUAUUGAAUGCUUAAAUGGAAAUAGCCUCUUAUGUAGUCCAUGAUUAUUGGCAGAGAAUUCUUAUAUGAUGACAUUGAUUUGAAUUCUGAAGUGGAUCUUUUACAGCUGUUUUAAAAUGUUGCCUGGAAAGCAUUUCAGACUUUUGUCAGACAUUGUAUAUAAAUAUUUUCAGUGUGAAAAUAUUUUUCAACCAAGUUAGUGAGCCAGACUAGCAGAUGGAUGUAGCGUACACAAUUUCAACUCAGACAGCAGUUCCAGAGAAACAGUUAACUGAAUGUUAUAGCGCCCCCAUUAAGAUGCCAGUGUCAAAAUUGAUACACUACCUCAAGUUCAUGUACCAUACAUGUACAUCAUGUAAUUUGGUGUAAAUAAGCUGAAGUGUUGUGGAGAUGUGCCCUCACUUCCUGUUUGGUCUUUGCUGUCAUAUUCAUAGGCCUGUCAAACCAGGCCAGGCAAACCAUUUUGACAAUGCAUUAUCCUUUAAAUAAAAUGUCUGAUGGUUUGAGAAAAUUUUCAUGAUGAAAAGCUAAAGAAAAUCGUUUUGCACCUUAUGCUAAUUAGCUCAAUAUCUAAAGGGCAGAGCUAAAAGAUCCAAACUGUAAUCAUGUUUGUUUGUCUGAAAUUACAGUGCCCAUCACUAAUAUUGGCACCCUUGCUAAAUAUGAGCAAAGGUGGCUGUGAAAAAUUGUCUUUAUUGUUUACACUUUUUAUUGUUUUUUGUUUUCACUCUUUUGUUAAAAAACUUCACAAAAAUACUCUACUCUCAUGGAUAUCAAACAACUGAAAAUGCAACACAGGUUUAUAUAAUAGAAAAAACUUUGUUAUAUAUAGGUGUAAAACAAUUAUUGGCACUCUUUUAGUCAAUACUUUGUGCUAUCUCCCUUUGCCAAGAUAACAGCUCUGCGUCUUCUCCUGUAAUGCCUGAUGAGGUUGGAGAAUACAUGGCAAGGGAUCUGAGACCGUUCCUCCAUACAGAAUCUUUCCAGAUCCUUCAAAUUUAGAGGUUCACGCUGGUGGACUCUGCUCUUCAGUUCACCCUGAUGGUUUUCUAUGGGUUUCUAAGUCAGGGAACUGGGAUGGCCAUGGCAGGGUCUUGAUUUUGUGGUCAGUAAACCAUUUUUGUGUUGAUUUUGAUGUAUGUUUUGGAUCAUUGUCCUGCUGGAAGAUCCGACCACGGCCCAUUUUAAGCUUUCUGUCAGAGGCAGUCAGGUUUUCAUUUAAUAUCUGUUGAUAUUUGAGUCCAUGAUGGCAUGUAUCCUAACAAAAUUUCCAGGUCCUCUGGGAGAAAAACGACACCAAAACAUUAAAGAGCCACCACCAUAUUUAACAGUGGGCAUGAGAUACUUUUCCAUAUCACUACCUCUCUGUGUGCACCAAAACCACCUCUGGUGUUUAUUGCCAAAAAGCUCUAUUUUGGUUUCAUCUGACCAUAAAACCCGAUCCCAUUUGAAGUUCCAGUAGUGUCUGGCAAACUGAAGACUCUUGAGUUUGUUUUUGGAUGAGAGUAGAGGAUUUUUUCUUGAAACCCUUCCAAACUUGUGGUGAUGUAGGUGACUUCAGAUUGUAGUUUUGGAGACUUUCUGACACCAAGACGCAACUAACUUCUGCAAUUCUCCAGCAGUGAUUCUUGGAGAUUUUUUGGCCAUCGAAACAUCCUCUUCACAGUGCGUUGAGACAAUAUAGACACACGUCCACUUCCAGGUUGAUUCAUAACAUUUCCAGUUGACUGUAACUUCUUAAUUAUUUCCCUGAAAUGUGCAUUUUCAAUGCUUGUGCUAUUUUCUUAUAGCCACUUCCCAUUUUGUGAAGCUCAACAACCUUUUGCCGCACAUCACAGCUAUAUUCCUUGGUCUUACCCAUUGUUAUGAAUGACUAAGGGAAUUUGGCUAUGUGUUACCUCAUAUUUACACCCCUGUGAAAAAGGAAGUCAUGUUUGAACAAUUUCCUGUUCCUAGUCACCCAGGUGUACUAAAAAAUGUAAAAUAUCAAUGGGAAUAUACUUCAAAUAUAUUUUUUCAUAUGAAUUACCAAGAAUUGUUGCACACCUAUAUUUUACAAAGAUUUUUUUUGAUAAACCUGUGUUGUGUUUGCAAUUGUCUGAAAUCAAUGAGUAGGGAGUAUUUUUGUGUUUUAUUUUUAACAAAAGAUCGAAAAGGUUAAACAAUAAAGACCAUUUUUCACAGCCUUCUUUGUAAUUUCUUUGUAUUUAUCAAGGGUGUCAAUAUUAGUGGAGGGCACUGUAUAAAAACGUAUAAAUAGUCCCUGAUAAUGUUUCUAAUAAUUAUAGUUAUAAUAAUUAUAGUCCAUAAUUAUUGGCAGAGCAUUAUUUUAUUAUGACGUGUUAUAUUUGAAUUCUGAAGUGGAUCUUUUACAGCUGUUUUUAAUAUUCCUAAAAAAAAGUAAUAAAAAAAAAACCAACAACAACAUUUCAGCCUUUGGUCAGACACUGUAUAUAAAUAUUUUCAGUGUGAAAAUGUUUGAGGUAACAGUCAGAAAACAGUGAUGACAAUCAAAACAUUUUAAAGGUAAAAUAAAAUCAGAUAAAACAUUCAUCUCUUUCAUGGGUCAAACUGUGAUAAAAAAAUUUUUUUUAAGUUUAUCCAUUGUUUUCAGUUCACAGUUAUUUGAAAAAUUCUGAGAUUUAGAAUUGAAUUAUUUUCCCCUUACUAUUACUUUAUAUGAAAAGGCUCAUGGAGGCAGUAUUUGUGAGCUGUGUUUCAGGUUUCAACCAUGAGAACAAUCACAUGACCAUUUUUUUUUUUUAAUCCACUCUUAUAAUGGAUAAAAAAAAAAAGUAAUGUGGGCUAAUCAAAACAGAUGUUAAUUUGAGUAUGCAUUUGAUCAUUGUAAAAGACAAAAAAAAUUGCAUAAUUUAAUUUCCAGGGAAUUUACAAAAACAAAAGAGAGAAUUGUUUACACCCCCAGUCCCAUAAAAUCCUUUAUGGUGUUGUUUGUAGGUCUAAAGGCUGUGUGUUUUGUAAACUUUCUACCUGUCAACUUUCUAUGCUGUUGUUUCUGUACGUGUUAUGUCAUUUGAAGCAUGUUGUACUUCUGGAGUUCUAUCUUGUUCUAUAUGUGAUAAUACUUUGUCUGGUAAAGAAAUAGGAAAUUAUGUCAAAAUGUCCUGUUCUCUUUAAGUUUCUUUUCAGUAAAAAUACCCUCCCCAUUUUGACUGGCUGAACAU